UACAGACCAGUACAUCCCAGUAUGGCCCAGUACAGCCCAGUACAGCCCAGCACAUCCCAGUUCAGCCCAGCACAUCCCAGUACAGCCCAGUAUGGCCCAGUACAGACCAGUACAGCCCAGUACAGACCAGUACAGACCAGUACAGCCCAGUACAGACCAGUACAGCCCAAUGUGGCCCAGUACAGCCCAGUAUGGCCCAGUACAUUCCAGUAUGGCCCAGUGCAGCCCAGUACAGCCCAGUAUGACCCAGUACAGCCCAGUACAACCCAGUACAUCCCAGUAUAGCCCAGCACCUCCCAGUACAUCCCAGUAUGACCCAGCACAUCCCAUUAUGGCCCAGUACAGCCCAGUGCAGCCCAGUAUGGCCCAGUACAUCCCAGUGCAUCCCAGUAUGACCCAGCACAUCCCAGUGCAUCCCAGUGCAUCCCAGUAUGGCCCAGCACAUCCCAGUACAUCCCAGUACAGCCCAGUAUGGCCCAGCACAACCCACAGCAGACUGAUGAGGACACAGCCCAGCCCAGCAGAGUCCAGUAUAUCCCAGUACAGACCAGUAUGGCCCAGUACAUCCCAAUACACCCCAGUAUGGCCCAGUAUGGCCCAGCACAUCCCAGUACACCCCAGUACACCCCAGUAUGGCCCAGUACAUCCCAGUACAGACCAGUAUGGCCCAGUACAUCCCA